GUAAGAUCAUUCUUUUUGUUUCUUCUCGCUGUUCGGUUGAUUAACUUGACAGCAGGAUGCUUUGUCAGCUUGUCACAACAAACUAUUUACCGCCAAAUUGAGCCGUUUGUUUUUCAUACCUUUCUGUUUGAUAAAAUAAGCGAUCGCCUGUUGUGCACUUCGCUACGGUCCCAUGUCGUCCGAUAAAGGAUUUGAGCUAAUCAGAGAAUUCGAACGUUCGACCGACCCUAUACCAGCGUUCAAUGACGAUGGCGUACGGUCGGUGCUGGAGGAUAUUUCAAAGAUAUACCAGGAAAACUAUGCACAUGCCAUUACGUUCAACGAGACGGGCGACCGAAAAUUUCUUCCCCUCGUUAUGUAUCGUCACAAUUUGAUAAAACGCCAGAAACGAUGUGUGCUUGCGUACCUGGCAAACCGCCUACAUCGUCUCAAGCGACUCCGGUGGCACGUGGGUCCGAUUUUGCCGCCAGAAAUCAAAGGUUGCAUCAACGAGCCGGAAUCGGUGUGGUUCAACAAGUACUCUAGAAUGCUCGCCGAGUAUAUGGCCUCCAUCCACGACGGGUACGGGCUGAAUCUGACGAACGACAUCAAACCACCGAAAUCGCUGUACAUCGAAGUUCGCUGUUUGACCGAUUACGGCAAGUUUGAGCUGGAGAAUGGAGAAAUUAUACUGCUAAAGAAAAACAGCCAGCACUACCUGCCGAAGCUGCAGUGUGAACAGCUGAUUCGGCAAGGCAUUCUGCAACACAUUACGUAGACGUGUGCUGGUUUUGCUAUGUUUCUCUUUACUCGCUUCUGCCCCGUUCCCUCUUAAUGCCCUAUAAAAGCCCGCUACCGUACGUAAUAAAUGUAACAUUCGCCCUACAAAACUA